AGGUGAGGCUACCUGAGUAGUCAAGCUCCUUCCUUGGGUAUUGCUACAUAGAUAUGUAUAAACAAGGCUUUAUUUUAUUUUGGGUAACUCAUCUCCACACAAUGCAAUGUACGCGUGCUUUUUCUUAGUAAUCUUGCCAAAGUUCUCUUUCGCUAGAUCUCCUGUUCAUAAAAGCAGACAGUUGAAGUCUUAUUAUAAAUCUUCAACCAUCAGAUUUGCUUCAGUUUUAGUUUUAUCCUAAAUCUACAACAGAGAGAUUUGAAAGAGAAAAAAAUUGGCAGCGGGAUUGGUGGGUUUGAUGGCGGGAGUAGAGGAGGAUUCGUUCGCAGAUUCAGAAGAUGAAGGAACGGAAGAGUACAGGAAAGGAGGAUACCACGCUGUUCGCAUAGGUGAUUCCUUUAACAAUGGCAGAUAUGUAGUCCAACGGAAGCUGGGCUGGGGGCAUUUUUCUACUGUCUGGCUCGCCUGGGACCUCCAUCAAUCGAGAUAUGUGGCGCUGAAGGUGCAGAAGAGUGCACAGAGUUAUUCAGAGGCAGCUUUAGACGAGAUCAAUAUUUUAAAGCAAAUUGCAGCAGCAGAUCUGGAGGAUAAAAGUGGCGUUGUCAAAUUGCUUGACCAUUUCAAGCAUACUGGGCCUAAUGGGCAGCAUGUUUGUAUGGUUUUUGAGUAUUUGGGGGACAGUUUGUUGUCAUUGAUCAAGUAUACUCAAUACAGAGGAGUUGCCUUGGAUAUAGUUCGUCAAAUUAGUGUCCAUAUUUUGAAAGGUUUGGAUUAUUUGCAUCGAGAGCUAUCAAUUAUUCACACUGAUUUGAAGCCUGAAAACAUUCUUCUAUAUUCUCCCAUUGACCCAUCUAAAGAUCCAAGAAAUUCCAAUGAACCUCCCUUGCUUGCACCCAUUUUAGACAAUCCUAAUCACCUUUUAAGGUCAUCUAGUGGAAAAGAGAGUAUAAAUGAAGCCCAGAAGAAUAAAUUGAAGAGAAAGGCUAAUAGGGCUGUGAAUAAAUGUGCAAGCAGUGUCAUGGUUCAAGAAAGAGAAUCAGCCAAUGCAGAGCAGGAUGGUGGACAGAAAUUUUCAGCUACUGGUUUGAAACAUCCACAUGAGAGAGAUAAUAAAGCAAUUCAUGCUUCUAAGAUUCAGAGCCUGCAGUCAAUGGAUUUGAGAUGCAAAAUAGUAGAUAUGGGAAAUGCCUGCUGGAUACACAAGCAGUUUACAACGGACAUCCAGACAAGGCAAUAUCGAUCUCCAGAGGUUAUCCUGGGUUCAAAUUAUUCUACACCAGUAGACAUGUGGUCAUUUGCUUGCAUAGUUUUUGAACUUGCAACAGGUGAUGUGUUAUUUGAUCCACAUGGUUCAGAACAUUAUUCUUGUGAUGAGGAUCACCUUGCCUUGAUGAUGGAACUCCUUGGGAAGAUGCCUCGUAAGAUUGCUUUAGGUGGCAGCCAUUCACGAGAUCUUUUUGACAGGCAUGGGGAUUUAAAGCAUAUCAGACGACUCCGAUUUUGGCCCUUAGAUCGAAUACUUUUUGAAAAAUAUAAGUUAAGUGAGAAAGAUGCUGGCAAACUUGCAGAAUUUUUGCUUCCAUUGCUGGACUUUGUACCAGAAAAGAGGCCUACAGCAGGCCAGUGCCUUCUUCAUCCAUGGCUCAAACAGGAUACAUAUCUUUGUCCUACAUUAACUUCAAGGAAUAACAGUCCAGCUGAGAUUGAAGAUGCUAUGGAUAGAAAAAAAAGGGAAAGUGAAGGUACAAGAGAAGCCUUGGAGAAAGCUGAGGUUUCAAUGAGAAAUAUGGCCAUUGAAAGCAGUCCAGCAGCAGGUUUUAGUAAAACAAAGUUGUCUCGAAGGGCAAUGAAUGAACAAGCAAGUACAGUUCUCAAGUGAGUACAUAUAAGCCAGGUUUGUUCCUAUGGAGUAUAAUGGUUCUGAAGACUUUAGUCAUAAGAUGCAUCUUGGUUGCUAACUACAGAUCCACAUGCCACGCUGAUUAUUUUUCAGAAACUCAAAGAAUUUCUUUCAUCGAUGUUGAUAUUAAGGAUAUUUGAUUUUAUGGAGGCUUCAAGGUUUUGCUUUGAAGCAAUCAUACUUUGAGUACCACUUACGAGAUUAGUCUCAUUGUCUCAGAAAUACAGGACCUUGUGGGUCCAUCUUCACUCUUGUAUUUGACAUAUAUUAUUCCUAAUUCUUCAAGAAACAUAAAGAGGUUAAGGACUUGGUGGUUUGAUGGGAACAAUCUUAGGUUUGCUAAUCAUCCAUGGGACACUUCAGUUAGUGAUGAGAUUAGCAGUUGCUACUGUAGGUCAUACCUAUGGUUCACUUUGAUAUGUAAAUAAGACAUUUUGUGGGAUGGCUGAUGAAGCAUGAUUUGAAGACAUAAAAAAUACAGGUAAAUGUUCCAUUACAUGCAUUUGGAAGUUUGUUUGGAGCAAGUUGUAAUUUGUAUGGAAUUCGGUGGAGUCAUGUCAUUGCUCUUAGUGAGCAUGAUACUGAACAACAUCACUUUUCACUCUCACUCAAGAAUGCCGUUUCUAUACUACUGAAUUGCUAAUAUGUUAGCAACAAAAUUGUGAUUACAUACAAGCUGCUGAAAGUGAACUGUAAUGAGACAGCUAACAUUAUUUUUUGAGUAAAUUUAUUGAGAUUUUAAAAAUGCCUUUUGGGAUAAUUGCGUCCCUUUUCUCAUA